CGUCGAAAAGUGUAUUGUUAAAGUUUAGGUGGGUGGACACGACUUGGUUGGAGAAGGGACUAUAAAUACCAGGCGAUCACACGGUUCGUGCACACACGACAGAUAUAUCCGAAGAACAGACGUCGAGGUUGGAGCAUUAGAACAAAAAGAAAAUGAUCAGCGCAGCCCUAUGGCUGCUGGUGUGUGUGGCGCUCGCCCCGGGGGGUCGGGCCAAUCCUGCCUCACCAGUGAGGGACGUCGUUGCCCAUGCGGUGAAGAUAAGCCAUUUUCGUACAAAGAGUGGCGGCACCACUAGCAAUUUCGGAUGCCCGCUACGAAACGUUCACCAACGACAGCGCCCCACCGACGCCGCCUCCGACAGGUCGAUGACAACCAUGAUGACCGCCGCGCGCAUUCUCCGGGAAGAGGGCUUCAGUUUAGAAGAUCUUCAAAGUGAGGCUGUGGUGUCGGAGUUCUCUCGCCUUCUCACCGACCUUCCUGGAUGUCCUAACACGACGGUCAUGUGCAACGCCGACGACAGAUUUCGGUCCAUUAAUGGCACGUGCAACAAUCUGAACAACCCCACUUGGGGAAUGGCGGGAGCGGCCCAGCGGCGUCUACUUCCGGCAGCAUAUGAUGACGGGUUGAACCUCCCCCGGUCGCUGGGUAUUGAUGGAAAGCCUCUUCCGUUCGCGCGAAAGGUCAGCAACGCAGUCCACAGGGGUUCGCAGCAGCUAAAGUCGCCGAAAUUGACCUUACAAGCCUUUCAGUUUGGUCAAUUCCUAGACCACGACUUAAUAAUAACCCCGCUGAGCAAUGCCGUGGAUGAUUGCUGCGCAAAUAACGACGAUCUCGACAAUUGCUUCAACAUCAACUUUGCCGAAGAUGACCCUUACUUGGCUCGGUUCAAGGCCGGAUACUGCAUGGAGGUCCCGAGGUCAUCUGGGGUCAAUUGCAAGUCACCAGCUGACGCAACUGUAAAUCAGCGUCAGCAGAUCAACGAUAUAACGUCAUACAUCGACGCUUCCAACGUCUACGGCUCUUCUGACGAGCGACUCUCGUCCUUGCGAGAUGGGACUACACCGUUCUUGAAGGUCGCCCUGGGCGCAGAUGGGCCUCGUCUACCGAACGGUGAUGAUAGAACGUGCCGUUCUGACGCGGCAAAUGGGAUACACUGCGGCCUCGCUGGUGAUGUUCGCGUCAACGUAUAUCCUACUCUGAUGUCAUACCACAACGUGUUCAUGCUCGAACACAAUCGUCUAGCGCAGCGUCUGCGCCGAGAUAUUCCAAAUGAUGAGGAAGCGUUCCAGCAGACGAGAAAACUUUUGAUCGGAAUCAUGCAAAAGAUCGUUUACGACGAAUUUCUCCCAUCGUUCCUUUCACCGGAAGCGAUGAAGAAGUAUCAACUUUCCAGUUCGAAUAUGUACAAAUACGACUCGAAACUGGAUGCCACCAUCGCCAACCCUUUUGGAAUAGCGUAUCGCAUGGGGCACUCAUGGAUCCCCACGUUAGUGUCAGUUUACACAAAGGACUUCAAAUUGUUCUUUCAACAAUUCUUGAACGAGACUUUCUUUGACCCGACCUUGACCUACAUCGAGUCUGUGAACGGAGCUCCAUCUGGGAUGAAGGGACUUGCGUACGCGAUGUCGGCCCUCGAGUCAUCCGAAACAGAUAGAACCAUUGAAGACGUCGCGCGCAACACGCUGUUCGUCAACCCCGUAGCCGAUACUUCCUUCGAUCUGGCAUCCUUGAACAUCCAGAGAGGUCGCGACCACGGACUCCCCUCCUACAACGAGUACCGGAAGUACUGUGGGCUGUCGGAAGUUACGUCAUGGAGCACCUCAGCUGCGCUUGGAGGACUUGUUAAUCAUGACGCUGACGCAAUCAUAAAGCUCGAGGCGGCAGGAUACAGUUCUCCAAAAGACAUAGACCUUUUCCCCGGGGCCCUGAGCGAGAAGCCUGUCCCAGGUGGAGACCUUGGACCAACCAUGGAGUGCAUCAUUGGAGACCAGUUCCACAGAGCAAAGUUCGGAGACAGAUUCUUCUAUCAGAAUCGAGGGACAGGAUUUAACGAAGCGCAACAGGCCGCCAUUCAGAAGUACAGCCUGGCCUCUCUGCUUUGUAGAAACUACCAAUUCGACAAGGUCCAGUUCCCGAACGUCUUCAGACUCGCCGAUCCACUUAAACGCUGCCAUGACAUCAAUGACCUCGAUAUUGGGCCCUUCCGUCCGUCGACUGGCGGCGGGGACGGCGGUAACGAUGGACAUGGUGACAGAGGCGGUGGACACGAGCACCAUCCCCGACGAACCUUAAACGACAUUAUUGACGAGAUCUUUGAACAACAAGAGUAGCGGCCGCGAAGGGGGUUUAUUUCGUUAAAGAAAAAUAUACUAUUAAAAAAAGAACACCCACACCCACUAGGUUUUUCUUUAUUUGUUAUUGAUAUUUUUAAUAAAGUUAAUGAAGUUUUUAACUUAACGUGUUAAGGAAUCGAUACGAGCUUAGUAAAUCAUAUAUAUUAAAAGUAUUUACGUGUAAUCUUAAACCUCUUUUUAGUGUAAGUAGUUGCACUUGUAAUUACUGACGAAGUACAUGUAUAAAAUACUUCGUUCAAUGACAACCAAACCAAAUAUCAAUGAAACAUACAAAACGCCUAUUUUGUUUCUAAUUUAAAGAGUAUUCAAUAUAAGAAAGUAGGAUUUUAGACAUAGUUUUUAGAAACAAUAUACAAUACGUAAUUUUAAUAGACGGUGUUUUGAUGUAUACAUGCAGAAAUACUAUUUGACUGUUAGAUAUGUAAAGUAUAUAGAACAAAGUGAG